AGGAUAAAACAGAUUUCAGCAGAGUAGAGCAAAGUAGAGCGGCUCAAAACAACGGGACAUAGUGUUAUAUUCUAAUUUUUCCUUUUUUUUUUAUUCAUUAUGUCUCUUACCUUCAAAAAUGGUCUAAAAAUCCACAAUUUACUAAGCAAUGUUAUUUUUUCCAACGACUCCGUAUCAAAGUAUUCACUCUGCGUCAAUAGAACAUCCACAUCACACCAACAAUGGCGUUGCGAGCUUUUACGAGAGCUUCGCGCUCUAAGCUUUUGCCUCUUCUGUCUUCCGUUUCUCGUCUGCAUUCCCACGCCACUAGUUUCGGUUUUAUGGAAGUGCGUGAAGAGGAGAAAAGUCAGAUGGUUGGAAAUGUCUUUUCAAAUGUUGCUUCAAGUUAUGAUUUGAUGAAUGACUUAAUGAGUGGUGGUCUGCACAGAUUAUGGAAAGAUAGAUUGGUAGAAGAACUGAAUCCAUUCCCUGGAAUGAAGCAUCUGGAUGUGGCUGGUGGAACAGGUGAUGUUGCUUUCAGGGUUUUGGAUUCAAUUAAGCGCAAAGCAUUGCUAAAUGCAUCUAAAGAUUAUCUACUUGAAGAAACUAAAAUCUAUGUUUGUGACAUCAACCCAAAGAUGUUAGAUGUUGGUAAAAAGAGGGCUUUGGAAAGAGGUCUUGGAGGAGAUACGUCUUUAAUAUGGGUGGAGGGUGAUGCUGAAGCUUUGAAGUUUGAAGAUAAUUCAAUGGAUGGCUACACUAUUGCAUUUGGGAUCAGGAAUGUUACGCACAUAGAAAAAGCUCUUGCAGAAGCCUACAGGGUACUCAGACGUGGAGGGCGGUUUCUUUGUCUUGAAUUAAGCCAUGUUGAAACUCCUAUUUUCAAGCAAUUGUAUGAUUACUAUUCAUUUUCUAUCAUUCCUGCCGUGGGAGAGUUGGUUGCUGGAGAUAGAGAGUCUUACCAAUAUUUGGUUGAAAGUAUCCGUCGCUUCCCUUCACAGGACAAAUUUGCAUCAAUGAUAGCAGAAGCAGGAUUUCAGAAAGUAGAAUAUGAAAAUCUUAUUGGAGGAGUGGUUGCCGUCCAUUCAGGAAUGAAAAUUUAGCAGCCAUAAUCACUUGAAUUUUGAGGCCGAAGUUGAGAAUUUUAUUUCAUUCACCCUGAUAUGCUACUUGGUAACAACACAGUUAGGUAACUUUGAUGUCAUUUGCCGAGAAUCCAAAAACUCAAGAUUACAGCAAAUGCUAUAGCUAUACUUGAAGGCUAUGACCAUACUUCAAAAGAUACAUUCAAACAUGUUAGGUUGAAAUAGAAUCAAGAUAAGAGAAAACUUACAAGGGAGCUCUGUAGAGAAUCAAGAUCAAAAUAGAUCAGCUUAAUGUUGCAGUUGCUCUACUUUAGUCAGUUUUUAUCAAUCUUUGUUUUGCAUUUUUCAUAUAUGUUCUGAAAAUAAAUUCACAGUAAUUGGUUGCUAUGUUACUCAAAUUCAUGGUUAAUAAGUCUGUGUAAUCUUUUACUGAAACAUAGCAAAUCACCGCAUACUCUACUACUUUUUGCCAUGUAUUUGUAAUAUUAGUCCCAUUAGGAUUUUUAUUUUUGUAAGAAAGGAAGUUGGUUCAUGUUCAUUUUAUGCAAAUGAAUGGGUGAUUUA